GCCGCAUUCAACGUAUACACAGACCUUAUAGGCGGCCUCGUAACUUGUAAACACAGUUUGAAUUUGGCGCGGAUACCCUCUUCCGCCUCAGACGCUUAACCACAACUUAAAUUCAAACGUUUAUGUAUUGUUUUGUCAAAAUCCGAAUGGUAAAACACAAUUUGUCAAAUUUAAUUGCGACCGUUAAUUCUGCCAUUCGGUUUGUGUACUCAGAGGAGUGUAGACGUGCCGGUAGUUUCCUGUAACAAUUCGAAAAUGGCUUCCGCAGAUGUCGAACAACAAAACGGUGGCAGCGUAGAAAAUGGGUCGGAAACCAACGGACCCAGUGUUAGUGACGACCACAGGAAGCUCUUCGCCGGUGGCUUGAGCUGGGAAACGAAUGCCGAACAGUUGAAGGAAUAUUUCGGCAAGUAUGGCGAAAUUGAAAGUGUUAACCUCAAAACCGACCCAAACACCGGCAAAUCGCGCGGCUUCGCCUUCAUAUUAUUCAAGAGCACCGAAGGUGUGGACGCCGUGCUGGCCGCCGGCGAGCACAAUCUGAACAACAGAAAGAUCGACACCAAAAAAGCGAAGGCAAAACAAGGUAAAUUGUUCGUCGGCGGUCUGACCGCAGACCUGACCGACGACGAUAUCAAAAACCACUUUGCACAAUUCGGCACGAUUGUGCAAGUCGAAUUGCCCUUCGACAAAGUGAAGAACCAGAGGAAAGCCUUCUGUUUCAUCACGUACGAGAGUGAGAGCAUAGUCAACAGUAUUCUGAAGAAUUCUCAAACCCAGACCAUUAAGGACAAGCAGGUCGACGUUAAAAAAGCUACGCCCAAGCCAGAUCAAGGAAGAGGAGGCGGCUUUGGCGGUAGUUACGGUGGUCGCGGAGGCCGAGGCGGCGGCCGCGGUGGCUACAACCAAAACUGGAAUCAGGGAUACAACAAUGGAGGCUAUGGUGGCUAUGAUCAAGCCUGGGGUGGCUAUGAUGCGUAUGGUUACGGAGGCGGCUAUGGUGCCGGCUAUGAUAAUUACGGAGGUGGAUACCAACAGGGUGGUGGCAACCAACGAGGCCGUGGUAGAGGCCGCAACAAAAGACUAGCUCCCUAUUAAAUUAAAUUAACUUAAAUGUAUUUUUUGUAUCUUAUAAUUUCGUAUUUAAUUUGUAAAUCUCAAAAAUCUAUUUUCACAGAAUGGAUUACUCAUGUAUUUAUAUGUUUAUUUUAAUCACUAGUAGGAUGAUUGAAUCAUUUCCAUAGAAGACUGCUUAAUUAUAUUGAAUAGUUAUAAUUUUAUUAUAUAACAAUAGUUCAAUUGUACAAUCAACAAAGUAACAUUUUCUACACUGAAAUAAAUGUACUUACAUGAAUUAUU